GACUCGAUUCGUUGAUAGCCCAUGUUUGGGUCAUUUGCCUGUAACCGGAAUUUUUGGCAGAAACCAGGUUGAUUAUAAAAUCCUAAAGUUCAAUUGCUUAACUAUAAUCAUGAUAAUGUGUACGUUUCCAGAAACCCAGUUGCCACCGCCCUUUGUAGAUAUCUUGAAAUAAUGCAUUUGAGGUGAAACAUUUGGUUGAUCAGGUACUCCAUAUUAGUAUUUUUUUGAAAGUAAUUUUGCAUAGGCCAAGCCAGAUCCUUUGGGCUACAAUAACCGAUGGGCUUGCCGCACAAUAACACGAUCGAAAGCCCGUAAAUAAAAUCGAUUCAGGUCGGCCACAGAUCGUCUUUCUCUUCAUUAUUACAGAACCUUUAAGAAUCGCCACGGCUCCUCUCUCCUUCAGAAUUUCAGACAAUUGGAACAGAAUCGCUAUUUCUCAAUGAGUGACUCUGUCUUUCACACAAAACCCAGCUUUGAAUUCCUAAGAAUAUGAGAGUGAGGUUGAAGAAUAUUUUCUUACCGUAAUCAGUCAGUGUAAAAUGCGCAGCAAAAUGGCGUCAGCAUUCUUUUGUUGGAGACGGACUGUGUCUACAUACCCUUUUCUCUGUCAGAGAAUAAAGCAAACAGAGAGUGAUAUUGUUAAAAUGUUCCAACUAUCACCUCCGAGAGAUGAAUCGCCAAACUUUGGUGUAAAUAGAAAACCUUUACGGAAGAGCAGCCACGGAAGGGUUCUGGAUGAGAGGUUCAUCAGAAUUUUGAAAAUUUUCAAGUGGGGUCCUGAUGCUGAGAAAGCCAUGGAGGUGCUAAAGCUCAAGGUUGAUCAUCGGUUAGUUCGUGAAGUCUUGAACAUUGAUGUGGAGAUAAAUGUCAAGGUGCAAUUCUUCAAAUGGGCUGGAAAAAGAAGGAACUUUGAGCAUAAUUCCACUACUUACCUGCCUUUUAUUCAUUGUCUGGAGGAGGCUGGCCUGGUUGGUGAAAUGUGGAAGGUCAUCCAAGAGAUGAUUAGAGGUACUUGUUUGAUAAGCCCUACUGAUCUAUCUGAUUUAGUGAGAACUUUGGGCAGGGGUAAAAUGGUUAACAAAGCCCUUAAAGUUUUCUAUCAGGUAAAAGCUCGCAAGUGCAAGCCAACUGCAAGCACUUAUAAUUCAAUUAUUCUGAUGCUAAUGCAAGAAGGACAUCAUGAGAAAGUUCAUGAACUCUAUAAUGAAAUGUGUAAUGAAGGAACCUGUUUUCCUGACACUGUGACAUAUAGUGCACUUAUCUCGACAUUCUGUAAAUUAGGCCGAGAUGAUUCAGCGAUCAGAUUGUUUGAUGAGAUGAAGGAGAAUGGCUUGCACCCCAAUGCUAAGAUAUAUACUUCUUUAUUAGCUACUUACUUCAAACUUGGGAAAGUUGAAAAGGCAUUGGGUUUAGUCGAGGAGAUGAAGAAGUGUGGCUGUGCCCCAACUGUUUAUACAUACACAGAGUUGGUAAAGGGCCUCGGUAGAGCUGGUAGAGUUGAAGAGGCUUAUUCUGUCUUUCUUAAUGUACUAAAGGAGGGCUGUCAACCAGACAUUGUUCUUAUAAAUAAUGUUAUAAACGUGCUUGGAAAGGCUGGGCGCUUGUCUGAUGCCCUAAAGCUGUUUGAAGAAAUGGGGUCUCUGAAGUGUACGCCUACUGCUGUGACUUAUAACACCAUCAUCAAAGUUCUGUUUGAAUCCAAAGCCCCUGUAUCUGAGGUUUCAUCAUGGUUUGAGAGAAUGAAGGCAAAUGGUGUAGCUCCUAACUCUUUUACUUAUUCAAUUCUCAUUGAUGGAUAUUGCCGGACAAAUAAAGUAAAGCAUGCUCUAUUAUUGCUCGAGGAGAUGGAUGAGCUAGGUUUUCCCCCAUGUCCCGCUGCCUAUUGCAGCUUGAUCAACAGUCUUGGAAAAGCAAAGCAGCACGAAGCUGCAAAUGAGUUGUUCCAAGAAUUGAGGGAGAAUUGUGGGUCCUUGAGCUCAAGAGUAUAUGCUGUAAUGAUAAAGCACUUCGGUAAAUCUGGACGCCUGACUGAGGCCAUGGAUCUUUUCAGUCAGAUGAAAAACUUGGGUUGCAACCCUGAUGUCUAUGCUCAUAAUGCCCUCAUGUCUGGAAUGGUCCGAGCGGGUAUGACAGAUGAAGCUCUUUCGCUGCUUGGAAAAAUGGAGGAAAAUGGUUGUGUUCCAGAUCUUAACUCCUAUAAUAUCAUCCUCAAUGGCCUAGCUAGGGUUGGUGGUCCUCAGAGGGCAAUGGACAUGUUCACAAAGAUGAAAAGUUCAAAUAUGAAACCUGAUGCAGUCUCAUAUAAUACAAUUCUUAGUUCUUUGAGCCGUGCUGGCAUGUUUGACGAGGCUGCAAGGUUGAUGAAGGAAAUGCGUGAAACUGGUUUUGAAUAUGAUCUGAUAACAUACUCAUCAAUACUUGAGGCAGUUGGUAAGAUGGAUGAAGAUCGUUCUGAUAUCACUCUAUGAAAGGAUUGAUGCUCUUCGGUUGAGAUCUCUUCAUUCAGUGGCAAGCCUAUGCUUUCCCUCGAUACGAUCAUUUCUAAGAAGAGGUGUAUUUAAUUCCGAAUGGUUCACUAAUAUAGAAGCAGUGGACUGUUCUUCUUGGAAGUCUCCGUUGUAGUUUAUUUGUAAGCUUGCAAGUGGUGCCUCAGUUGGCUUUGAGGAGAAUGUCAGUUUUUGUAGUAGGUGACUUUUGAAUCCCUCUGCGAGAAAGACACAGUAGAUCAAUACAGUUCAGUUGUGCUUCAGUCACUGUAUGCCUUCGCUUGGGGGCUUUCUGUGAAGAUUAUUUUGUCGAAUGCAAAUGCAGCUACUGAUAGUCUAAUGUUCCAAUGUCUACAGUAUGGAUGGAUUCAUCUGAUGCGAUGCACCUCCCAGUAUCAUGCAUCAGAAGUCUCCUGCAUGUCACGGUACAGGAACAAAAUUGCAGACAAUACAACAAGUAUCUAAUCUCAAUAGAUCCCUGGUUGCCAUUUUAGUGUACCUGUUAGUUGGGAACCGAUUGACUUUGUGAAGAGCUCCAUAUAAUUAUCACGCCUUGUCCCUUUCCUGAUUUUUCGUGAUUCUAUGGGGGGAGCGGGCGAGCAGCAUCGAUCAUAUUGCAGGUUUCAAAGUUUUACUCCAUCACAAAAAACUGGUUGGUGGACGAUUAAGCUUUCAUUUUAAAGUUUGAAGGAGAUUGGGAAGUAUUCGAAUCAAGUUGGUUUAUGAUCCUCACUAACGCUGAUUAUGCCAAAUUGAAAUAAGCUUGUUAUGAUAGGAUAGUUAGUUUUUUCUAUGGAGUUUACUGGGCUCACAAUAUGGAUGAAGAACUACUGUAGUGGCAAUGUAAAAACUAAUUUCUUGAAACAUCUUACUUGAUUCUGUUACGUUACAAGUUCUCAUACAGUCAAUAUACUUCCAUGUACUUGAGGAAAGAUUUAGUUACUGACAAAACUGAACAGCAGCGAUGUACAAUGAUAAUCGAGAUUCAAGAUGCACAACAAGGAAUGCUGGAAUGUGAAAAUCUUUGAUAUUUAUUGCAUAUUAAGUUACAGCAAAUUCAAAUCGAAGAUCUUUGAUACUCCAUCUUUAACUAUCUAAAUCACUAAUAUAGCAAUUCUUGACUUGCCUAACAACAAAUACAGAAGAAGUCAUAGUGCCACUAAAUGAUACAACAAUGAUGGGCAUUAACAACCUGGAAAACAGAAUAACUCUGUCCCAUUUAGAGGGUUCACCUACUGACGUUCUCUGUAGAUACAUCAUUCUCUUCAUCAUCUCCUCGCCGGAUUUUGGCAAUCUCGGCAUGAGCCCUCUCCAGAAUCUGCCUCUUUUGUAAUUCCAAGUCUCUAUGGAAGUCCAUUCUCAUCUUUUCUAGUUCCAUUAUCUGCUGUCUUUUACUGUUCUCAAUCUUUUCAUAAAUACUGCUAAACUUCUGAAUGGAAUCAGCAAGUAAUUUAAAAGACGAACCAUCACCACUAUUGGAGCCCUCGCUCUUUCUACUCUUGGGUGGUAGCCCUUCGGAAUCCUCCUCUUCCCCCUCAGGCGAUUCUGAAACUCCCGGGCUAUCCCUCAUCUCAUCUAGUCCAUUUGAACGGUUUAAAUACUCUCCAGGGUUCAUGAAAACAUACUCCCCAGAGUCCAGUCCACAUGAAAGCCCAGCUUGCUGAGGUGGUGAUGACAAUAAUGUGUCCAUUUUCUCAAAGUAAACCCAUUUACUGACAAAAUUUGUUGCCUCGGAUAAUUUUGCCUUCUCCUUCUUGUACUUCUUUUUCAAUGUAUCUAAGCGAUUUCGGCAUUGGGUGUCUGUCCUCUCAAUCUUGGUCUCCUGAGAAACCUUAUCAGCAACUUCUUGCCAUUCCUCAGACCGUAGGCUCUUUCUUCCAUGCUGGAGAAACUUAUUGCCCCAAGCUUCAAGUAAAGCAAAUGUCUCACGCUCACUCCAAUCAGCAACUGAAUUUCGCCCACCAAAUGACGUUUUUGGCACAACAGCAGGGGGUGCUGCUGCUGCUGCUGCUGGUGCUGGAAGUCGCGGAGCAAAUUCAUAACUGGACAACAAGCUCUUCAGCUUCCUUUUCUUGGGGUGUCUCUGCAUAUCAUCAUCAUCGGUGUCCUCCUCGUGAUCAUCGUCAUAUUCAUCUCUUCCUAAUCUCUGAACACCAUUUUCCUCAUUCUCAUCAUCUUCUUCAUCAUCCUCAUCAAUCUCUUCUUCUUCAUCAUCAUCAUCCUCCUCAGGAUAAUGAUCAUUUGUGUUUUCUCGAACAACAAGCUGCUUUUGCCGAUUGGACGAAGCAUAACCCUGGCUCAUCCCAUAAGUGUUAGAGGGAUACCUCGCAUCAUCCUCAGUGUCAUCCAUUUUAGCAGGGCACAGAACUAAAAAAAUAACUCAAAUAAGCAACCUGACUUGUAUUUCUAUUUGCAAGAUUACAUUCCUCAAGGGAUGAAAUUUCCCAUAUAGAUCAUGCCUUCAGUUUCCAGCUGAUUAUCAUACAAUAAAUGUCCAACUACUCAAAUAUUUGUACAAAAUAAAAGGAUAAUAACUAUCUAUAUAUCUCAAAAAACGGAAAAUUUCAGCUCUCGCAACUGAUUAUACCACAAAGAUUCAUUUCAUGGGAAAAAUUAACUAAAAAACAAUAAUUAUUCACAAUGAAAAUUCAGGGGAACAAAACUACUCUAAAAAAAUUUUCUCAGAAAUUCCAGACAGCAAAGAAACUAAAUUCCCAAAAUAAAACCCAUCAAACCGAGUAACUCAAGAACAGACAAAAGAUGAGCUUCGAAGUACCUCAAAGUUUCAAACUUUCGGCCGAAUCAAACACCGAAGACCGACAGAAAGUACAAAAACCCUUGCAUAAUUCUACCCCAAAAGGACCCCAGAUUUCAAGGGGGGAAAACGUAUGCGAAUUUAACGCCUCCCAGAUGGCUCAGGAUGAUGCAAAUUUCACAUGGGUCUGUCUUGAAAUUUGUCGUUUUUUCUCUUCAUCAGACGAAUUUGAAGGGUUCGGGAUUGGAUUGUGUAUAUUUCUCUGAUGAGAAUAAGAGAGAUGAGAUGAAAGUGAAGAAAAAAUUGAAAAAUAAAAGAAAAGAGUGCGCAUCUGAACAUUGCAAUCAAAACUUUGGAUAUAAAGUGGGAGG